GUCAAAAAUAAAAUAAUUAUAAUAAUAGCACCGAAAUAAAUGUGAUAGAUCGAUCUACAGGCGAGGAGCAUUAAUAUUCAGCAUGGCCCAUUCAUCAAAAUUGAUUUGGUUCUUUGUUUUUGUAUUAAGCACAAAAGUAUACGCCGCGUACUCCAAUCCAUUGCCAGCAAAAGUCGAAGUAUACAAUCAGACUGAAGUGAAACCUGGGAAAGAAAAAGCCAAAGUAAAGAACUACUUCGUGCACGAGCCUUACGGACCCAACACAUAUUCCUUCGGGUAUGAGAUUGAUGAUCCACAGACGCAGAACUCUCAGUUUCGAGAAGAGAAGCGAUUUGUGAAUGGCAGCAUCCAAGGAAGCUAUGGAUAUGCAAGGCCAGAUGGACGCAUUGAGGUCACCAAAUACAUGGCGUCUGAGGAUGGAGGUUACUCGGCCCAGAUUCAGAUUUUUAAAGGAGGCGAUGAGAAAAUAAAAUCAGUUUGGCCCACCGAAAGACCGGAUAUCCUUGUGGAGAGAAGCAAAUCGGAUGCUCCUUCGAAUGUCACCUGGGAUCCCAAGAGCCAUCUCAACGUGAGCGUCUCCCAUGUGGCGGAUCAUGUGGCCCAGCAGCUGAAGGAACAGCAUGGUCUCGACCUAAACCACAUCGACGUGACCAAGGAUGUGCUAAAGCCGGCGGUGCUCGAUGUGAUCCAGGGCAAGGACCCAGCUAAGGGUCGCCCGGUUCAGAACCUAAUUCCCCAGCAGUUUCCUAUAGUGCCCUUCCAACUGCCCGCGGAUCAAGAAACCACCAAGGCCACCAGCACUGCAGCACCCAAGCAAACUGAAAGUUCAAAAUACCACAGGGCCAAAACCAACAAUGCCGAGAAGGCUCCACAAGUCGAGGAGCCGGAGGCCAGCUUACAGCCGCCCAGGCCACUGGUCAAUAGCAGUGCAAGCGAUGCAAAUUGGCAACGGCGAACCAUUGAGGCAAAUCGCCGUGAAUUCCUGGCCAAUUUACCCAAUCUAAGUGAGGCCAGGCCAGAGUAAAUGUUUGAAAAUGUUUCACCAGGCCAAACUGAAUGCUUAGGAGUUUUUU